AUGUAUUCCUUGACUUCUGGCGACGCCAAGAAUACAGGAGAUAUGGUGAUAGGAAACAUUUAUAUGCUUUCAAAUAGUGUGGUAGUAUUGUUUGACUCAGGUGUGACACAUUCUUUUAUCUCUCGUGGAUUCAUCAAAAUGUGCGGGCUAGAAACACAAUCAUUAGAUGCUGAGUUAGAGGUGGUCACACCAAUAGGGUCAGUGGUAGCGUGUAGUAAAGUAAUCCGAGACUGCCCAAUGGGGAUUCAGGAGAGGAUGAUGUUUGCUAACUUGAUUGUCUUUGACAUGCACGGUUUUGAUAUCAUUUUGGGAAUGGAUUGGGUAGCAGCCAACUAUGCAAGUAUUGACUGCCAUAGGAAAGAGGUCGUGUUCAUACCUCCUGGGGAGCAAGAAUUUAUGUUUGUCGGGUCAUGUGUGUGCUCUACACCAUGGAUCCUUUCAGCUAUUCAGGCAAGGAGGCUACUUCUGGAGGGAUGCUAG